AUGAAGCCGAGUUGUUAUGGCAACGACGGUCAAGGGCAGCAGACGGGUGUAUUUUCAGACGUGGGCUUCGACAGAUACAAGCUCAUCGUGCAGGUGGUCGUUGGAGAGCAGCGCGGGGAGGGAGUCAAGCAAGCGUCACCCACAUUAAAUACAGUUUGUGGCAACUUAAGGAAACUUUUUUUCACUCAGUAUGUUUUCACAGGAUGCUUCUGGGUUGCAGAUACAGACAGCUAUGCUCGAGAUAUAUUUAUGAAUGACAGCUUGUUCUGUGUGACUGCUGCGUUUGGUGUGUAUCUUUUUUGUAAUCUAAGAACUGGGAUGUCAUGGAUUUCAGUCACUAUUGAUGAGAUAUAA